AUGGGAAACAUUGAAAUGAAAGAAGAGGCAAUCACAACUUUAUAAGAAUGUUAUCAUUGUAAAGGAGCUGGGUAUGUCAUACCAAAAUUCUCAAGAAAAUAUUUAGAUCAAGAUUUAUCACCUACUUAAAAAAGAGAAAGGGAUUAAUGUUUGGAUUGUUUAGGAAAAGGACAUCUUACAUUAGAACACUAUGAUGAGAAAAAUUUUACUUUGUGA